UCUACCACACACUCAAUCACCCUCGUCAUCCAAUUCUCUUGACGCGUGAUCUCUCACCCCCCCUCCUAUUACCCCCUCCCUCCUCCUCCCUCAAAAGCAUCCACUCGUCGCUUUUUUUUCUUCGCUAUCCACCCAUCCCCACCACGACAGCAACGCCAGCUGGCCCCACACCUGCGCCUGCGUCUACGGGCAAUAGUCGUGACAUUGUUGCGCUACUGCGCCUUAUAGUCGUCAACAUAAGGACGACUUUCUAAGUUGAAGGCCCUGGCGCUCAAAGCCAUGGCCUUGCCUCAACCACCUCUACCGCGUCCUUCACACGCGUCCGGAGCUGUGAUUCACUCCAACUAUCACCUCAUGCAGCAGCCAGGUCAGCCCGGCCAGCCCGGCAUGCCGAUGCAGUACGCACAGUACGGCAACAUGGGCGUCGUUCGCCCUCAGCCCGGCAUAAUGAGCAUGGCCCAGCACCAGGCCAUGCUGCAACAGCAGCAGCAGAGGCAGCAACUGCUGUCCACUCAGCAACAUCUCGCCCAGGCCCAGGCUCAAGCUCAGGCUCAGGUGCAGGUGCAGUCGUUGCAGCAGGCCCAGCAGCAGCAACAGCAAAAUCUGCAGCAGCAACAGCUUGCUGCGCAGGCUGCCGCUCAUGCCCAACAGCAGGCCCAGCAGGCUGCAUCUCAGCAGCAGCAGCCACGCCCGAUGGCUGCCCAUCAUAUUUCCGCUUCUCCUCAUUUACAGCCAGCCUUCUCCGUCAAUGGACCAGCAUCGGUCCUCCACCCUCAACACCACCCGGGUUAUGCCCACCAGGCCGCCGUUGGGAUGGCGCGCCCACCAGGCGCUCAGAUCCGUCCAACAAGAGGUGGUCCAGUGCGCCCGGGGCAACCGGCAGGUGUCGCUGUGACUCCGACACCGGCGUACUCUAUGCAGCAGCCAGGUCAGGUUGGUGGCCAGGCUCAGCACCCACAGCACCUCGCAGGCCAGAUGACUCCACAGUCGCAACAUGCGACUCCAGGUGCUAUGAGUCAGCCCACACACGCGCAAUCGGCGAGCGCCGAGCACCAGCUGGCAGCCCAGCAUGCUUAUAACAUGUCUAGAGCAGGGUCCGUUCAGUCGCAGAUGGGGCAGUCGUCCCACGAUCCAGAGUCAUUACUGCGACUGUAUGUUUUUGAUUACCUAUCGCGACAUGACUUUGCGAACACGGCGUCGACCAUGCGCAAUGAGGCCGGCAUCAGCGAGCAGCCCGUGCAGAUUGCUCACCCGAAAGGCGCAUUAUACGAAGCCUGGAUGGCCUUUUGGGAGUUGGCAUCUGCCGGGAAGGGGUUAUCAGCAAUGAACAACCCGAUUGUUUUCUCCGAGACUCUUGCCAAGAUUCGCGGCAUGGCCUCGCAGAUUAACGGCACCGGAGGCCCGAGUCCUCAGCCGGGUCAGCAACAGUACCAGGGCGCAGCCACUGCCGGAGCGGCACUCGCCCGUGCACCUUCACAGCAGGCCCAUCCCGCCUACCUCACUCAGCAGCAGCAAGUGCAGCAGCAGCAGGUACAGCAGCAGCAGCAGGUUCAACAGCAGCAGCAGGCGCAGCAACAGCAGGUGCAGCAGCAGCAGGCGCAGCAGGCAGCUCAGCAGGCGCAACAGCAAGCCGCGCAGCAGCAGGCCCAGCAAGCUCAUGCUCAACAGCAGGCGGCUCAGCAGGCCGCGCAGCAGCAGCAGCAGCAGCAGCAGCAGGCAGCGCAGAUGAGCCAGGCCCAGCAACAGGCAGGGAUGUCACCCGCUCACGUCGCGAUGCAGCAGGCUCAACACUUGCAGCAGGCCGCAAACCAGCAGCACCAUUUGCAGCAACAGCAGGCGCAACAGCAGGCGCAACAGCAGGCGCAAGCGCAGGCGCAGGCUCAGGCUCAGGCUCAAGCGGCGGCGCAGGCUCAGGCGCAGGCGCAGGCGCAAGCACAUGCUCAGAACGCCGCUCGGUUCCAAUCUCAAGGCCUUGCUGGCUCUCCUGCCCAACACGCCCGUCCCCCUCCAGGUCAACAGCAUGUGUACACAGCAUCCCAGGCCGCUCACAUGGGAAUGCAGCCACCAUCGCAGGCUCCCCCGAACCACCCAUCUCCCGUUCAGCCAUCACCACGGAUGGUUCCGCAGCACGCAGUGAUGCCAUCGCCAUUGCAGAAGCCUGCUCGCCCUCCAAACGGCAUGCCUGGCGGAACGCCAACGAUGAUGCACGCCGGCCUCUCCCAGCAGGGUGUGCCCAUGAGCCAACCUGGCAGCGGUACUUUCAUGCACCCCGCCACUCCCCAGGCCGCAGCUGCCAGCCCAGUCGGGACUAUGACUCCGCAGCAGCACCAACAGCACGCCCCGCCCCAUGCUGCCAUGCAGAUGGCUCAGAUGCGUGCUCAGAUGGAACAGCAGAAGCAGGCGCAGGCAGCUGGCCAGCACAUGCCCCAUCAGCAACAGCAACAUCCAGGCGCCCACCUGCAGCAGCAGCAGCAGCAGAUGCUACAACAGCAGCGACUGGGCGUCCAGCACAAUGGUCUAGGAAAUCAGAUGAUGUUGCAGCAGCACUUUCAACACCAGCAGAUGAACGCGCUGGCGCAGCAAGUUGGGAUCUCCAACCCGAUCCCAUCCGUUUUCAAUGGCGCCUUGCACUCGACCGGAUUGGCGGGUCGUGACUUCAAGUCUCCUCUUCCAGACAAGGAGGCGGAGCAGCUUCGAGCUACGUACGGAAAAGGGUUGCAAGAGCACACCCAGCGGAUGAUGAACAAGGACUCAUCUAUGCCGCAGGCUCAAAACGCCCAGCAACAGGCGAGCGGGUCCCCAAUCAUUGCUGGCAAGACAAUGGGCGGACCCCACUCGCAGCAACACCCUGUGCAGCGCAAUUCCAGUGGCGCCGCGCGGCCUCAUAGCAUGGCCUUUGGCGACUCUACGCCGAUGCAGCAGGCCGAGUCGAAUCAGGGUGCACCUCGCGGCAACACGCCGCCAGAUCGCAAGCGUCAGCGGCGCAACUCGGGCAGCGCAGCCCCGAGCCCAUAUAUCCAGCCUCAGACGUUGCAGUCGGGCUUCCAGCCCAACAUGGGCAUGGCCCAGCAGAUGUCGGUCAUGGGCGGCAGCCAGCAGGGCCGCAUGCCUAUGAACGGCGGGAUGGAGGGGCAGAGCCCAGGCAUGCCUGGACAGUCGCCGCGCACCAUGCCCAAUGGAGUCCCCGGUCAUUCGAUGCAGCGGAACCAGAGCAAGCCUGGCGACGGGUCGAUGCCACCACCACAGAGUCCAGCAGGCACAAGUCUUGGUCGUAAGACGCCCCAGGCUUCCGGGAUGAGUGCGAUGACACCUAAAUUGGCGAACAACGACGUUAAUCGCGAUCAGGGAACGCCCAAGUCACUUCGGAAUUCGCCCAACAACAACAUUGGUGCACCCCAGUCCGAGUCGCAGAUUCAGUCCGGGCCACAUGGCGUGACUCCGUCGCCACCCAACCCGGUUGGCGGGAGCGCGGGCAACGCAGGCGAUGCGUCCGCCCAGGCAGGUGCCAACUCGAACGGCCCUGCGGCGUCAAAGGCUUUCGACAUGUCGGGUGCCAACGCGUCUGGCAAUGGUAAUCAGUCGCUGUUGGGCGACUUCCCACCAGCCGAUGGCGAUCUGGCCGACUGGUUCAAUAACUUUCCGAUAGGCGACGGUUUCGACUUUUCCCAGUUUAUCACCGAUGGGGGCGACGACAGCGGCGAGGUCAUGCUCGCAUAGCGCUAGCGCUUCUCGCCAUUGUGACUUUAACGAUUCCGUCCGACCACAUGCCACCAUGACCUUGCAGCCUCCAUGUCCGAUCGCAACAUCCAUGUCUCAUUAUUGUUUCACUUCAUUGUGUCUCCACUUCCUGCUCCUAUGUCUUGUUUUGCAAACCACAUUAGCGCAUGAUUUGCUAUACCCCCUACAUCUAUAGCACGUAUUGGAUGCACUUUCUCUCCAGCAGUGUGGAAGACCUCAUGUGAUGUUGUAGGUCUAUCGUCGGGCAUGCACGUUUCUACAGAA